GUCACGAGAAGGCACACAGGGAUCAUUCACAACCUUGAGCUCAACUUUGACUAGACCCUGUUAGUGAGAGAUAUUUCAAUCUCACAGUGUUAAGAGUGAAUUCAUUCACCAGUAAGUCUUCAUGUGUACAUGGAUUGCUUUGUUGGGAAUCCGACUCCUUCUGUACAAACCACUGAUCACCUCCAAGGUUGACUACAACCUACAACCCCUCACUCACAAUGGCAUCUCAACUACUGCCUCUUGGUAGGCGCUCUCUAUAGCCUUGGUCUCUUAUGCCUCAUACUGACAACCCCUCCAGAGUUGAUCGACAAGUGCGUGGGAUCCAAAAUAUGGGUCGUCAUGAAAGGCGAAAAGGGUAUGAUAAUCCCCUCAAACUACCAAUACACCCACCAGCUUAUAAGACCUCUUUAUAGAGUUCAGCGGUACAUUACUCGGAUUCGAUGAUUACGUUAGUAAGUACCUGACUCUCCUCCCUUCCGAUAGAUAGCCUACUUACAAAUCCAUAGACAUGGUACUCGAGGACGUGACUGAAUUGUAUGUCUAUUCCAUCGAAAGAUUCUCCCCAAGAGAAACUAAUUUGGGCUCACAGCGAUUACUCCGGAAACCACACCAAGCUCUCAAAGAUUCUACUGAACGGAAAUAACAUUUGCAUGGUAAACUGAAUUUCUCUACCCAUCAUUUUUACCUGCUAACCUUCGGAUAGUUGAUACCAGGCGGAGAGGGACCAACGGGCGCUACUUCAUGAUUUUGAGCCUCAAUAGAUAUUGUGGAUUGGCCA